AUGGAUAGAGAGCUUUGGGAGCUGGUAAACAAGUUUUUCCUCAAGUCCGCACUGCUGGUGUGCCAAUCGAAACAUUACAGGGGCCAGCCGGCUUCAGAGAACGCCACAAACACAAAUAACUGGUUUAACAUCGAAACACUGGGAAAUGCUGUUUUGGAACGUGAGAUAGGUCCUUGGACCUCGUUUGAGGGAUCAAGAACCGUACCACCGCUUGUGAUAGAGACAUAUCUUGAUUUGACGCAUUUGAGCCCGUCGCAAUCAAUCAUCCUACGGGAUCAAGAUGGAAAUCCGUGGAACGUAUGCAAGGGCACCAGAAAAUCGGAAAUAAUGCUGGAGCGGUGGCUUGUACAGCUAGACAAUGACACACAAACAAGUGAGGGCAACGGCAAUGAGCCCCACGCCUCUAAUGAGGAAAUCUACAGACAGCUGAUUUUACUUUUUCGAUACUUAUACACAUUGGUGGGCUUGUUGCCAGCCAACGACCUGCAUCUCCGACUUUCAAAGCCGGUCUCAGCGUCGGGAACCGCCUCCUGCGUGAACGUAGGAACGCGCGUGUUAGAUGGUACUAAACCCAUUGUUUCGAAGGGCAGAAUCGGACUCAGCAAACCUCUCAUUGCCACUUAUUCUAACGUGGUCAACGAAACAAACUUACCGCCACACCUCGAGCAACGCAAAAUCACACCUAUUCAAACCAAAUACGGUUCUCUAAGGAUAUCCGUGUCGUACAGACGCGAUACAGAUUUUCAAGUCAACGAUAACGAAGAGUACUACGCAAACGAAUUUGGAAGUGCAGCUGCAACUCAGCGUCAAAUGCAGACUGCAAUGCCCGGGGCUACCAACUCCUCACUGAGAAGGGUGUCCAUGAAUAGUCAGCGUUCGAUUUCUGUUUCACCCAAUACACAUAUAAGCCCAAACCUGUUAAUGGACCAAUCACCUCAAAAACCAAAAACUGCUCUCACACGCCAAUUUCAACCUUUCAAAGCAGGUUCGGUCGGAAGUGGUUCCAUUCCACAAGUCAUCCAGGGUAACAGCAUAAGCAGAAAUCCUUCGGGCACUUCAGUUGUCGCCGCCCUUCGAGCUCAAAGAUCCAGCAAUGGUUCCAUUACAACAAGCUCAAAUCCAUUGCAAGAAUCACACCCCGAGCCUUCCAGUAUAGGGAGCGGCAGCGUUUCCAAAUAUUCGUCCUCAUUCGGUCGCCUGCGCCGUCAUUCGAGUGUAAGAAGGUCGGACAGUGUCGAACGGCCUCAAAAGCCCAGCAAAUCAAACGAAUCACCAUCCAGUGACCUUUUAGAGUUUAUGAAACUUCUAGACGACAGAAAGGAACUUAAAACCAAAGCUAAUGAUAGAGCUGCCACCAUAGACAUGGCAAGCUCGCUUUUGAAGUUCCAAGGUAUGAGAAACACCAACAAUAACUUAAGCACCGACCUUUCGAUGUCUAUGUCUCUGGAAAGGCCGCCGGUCGGUCAGCAGAGAAGCAGAUCGAGGUCCAAUUCCCAUUCUCCCAACUCUUCAUUUUCACCAUCCAUUCAAUAUUCUUCCAUUCCUAUGAGACUUUCUCAAAGUCGUUCCAACUCUUAUCGAAAAGACAUUCUUGACGAAUACUCCAGCAGGAGAGGCUCCGCGGACAGACCAGGAUCACUCAGUUAUAACCUCAAUGAGAGCAUGAAUAACGCUCAAAGAACAUCUGUUCGUGACAGUGCUAUUGCAGAUGACGACGACGACGAUGAUCUAUUGAUCGGUAGAAGCACCUAUAACAACCAGGCGCUUUCAAACAAAAAUCGCUCGACGUCUCCCGGCUCAAUGCGUAGCAUUUCGAGUUCGUACAACAAAAGCCAAUUGCCUUUCAAGUCAGUGUCCAAUUUCUCUGGGCCAACGACUAUGGCGACACCUGCGCAUGCUAAGCUACACAAGGCUGCUGCUGUAGCUUCUACAGAGUCGAACGAUGCGGAGACUGAACCUAAGAAGGACGAUAGCUUAGGUCAUGCUGACGAAGAUGACGAAUUACUAUUUUUCAUGAGCGAUAUGAACCUUUCAAAGUAG